AUGGGCGCGGCGGCAAGCAUCGCGCCGGCCGUGUACGACAAGGCGCAGUGCCAAGCGCUCUGCGGCGACCUCUUUGACGACGCGCUGUGGCGCCAAUCGGCCACCGACAAUUGCAUCUCGCACGAAAAGCUCCAGCUGCUCUUCCACACGAUCUCGGACGUCUUUGUCUCGCACGCGAUCGACGACGCGUCCGUAGCCGCGGCGAUAUGCAAGAAGCUGCGCGACCGCGGCCUCACGACAUGGAGUGCGUCCGGGGCGGACGAGGGGCGCGACGCUGGCCUCGCGAAUGCCCGCUGCGUCCUCGUGCUCGUGUCGCAGGGCUACAUGGACAGCGUGGGCGGCAGCGGCACUCGGGGCCAGUGCCAGCGCGAGUUCAACGCCGCCCUCAAGCAAAAGAAGUCCGUGAUUGCGAUCCUCGUCGACCCGGCGCCGGCGCUCAAGCACACGGCGAAUUGGACGGGCGACGUGGGGGCCGUCUUCAAUGACGCAGCGUUCAUCGACUAUACGAGCAGCGACGUCGACGAGAUUGCUAUGCGCCAAGACGAUAUUCUGGCGCGCGUUCGCCGAACGAUCGGGAUUCCGCUGGCGGAGCGCUUUGCAUUGACCGUCACCAGUGCGGACGAGAAGAACGAGAGCACGCGGACAGCGUCGUCCGUGAGCAUGCACGCCGAUGCAAAGGAGACCCCGAUCGUGUACUCGCCCGUGCCUACGCUGGUCGAAGAGGGCCCGCUCGACGCAGCGUUUCAAGAGCUAGUGUCGCAGCUCCAAGGCGCCGAGACAUGGGCGACGCUCUACGACUACCCGUUCACCAACGACACAAGCAACCGAUCCGCCGACCAUGUGAUGGAGCUGCCAAAGAGCUGCGUUGGCAUCGAGAACGGUCUCAUUUUGGCCGGGAGCUACCUCGCCGAGCUCCAAGAGCGUCCGGAGCUUCUCUCGCUCGGCGCCGUUGGCGGCAAGCUCAAUAAGCACAAAUUUGUUGUGAGUGUUCGGCUUUGGAUCCAAGGGCCCGGGUACGUCCUUGCGGGCGGGCACUACAAGACGUGGUUUGCGUUGGAGCUCACGCGCGCCAUGGGCCUCCAGGUUGCUUUCAACGGCGGCGCCGACAGCUUUCCCGUCUGCAAGACCAACGAGCCGGUCACAGUCCCGACCGACGCUUGGCUUCGGUUGGCGAUUCGCGUCGACGUACGUGCCAACGUGGUGCAAGUCGUCGUCAACUCGGAGCGCUUGGACGACAUUGCGCUGCCGGCGAAGUUUCAUUACGCGCACCUCACAAACCCGAUGGCCGAAGGGGCCUUCUACUUGUACGACCCGGCACACAAGGCACGUCUCUUUCGCGGUGGUCUCCGCCACCUCUUGCUCGUCUCGUCAACCGAUGUGCACGAGGCAGGCCCGGCGCCGCCCGUGCCCGACGCCUUCCUCGCCAAGCGCAAGGAGCUGAUUGCUGGCCUGAAAGCGCUCUGCGACUACCCGUUCGAGACCGACUUGGUCGAUCGCGUCUCGGGACGUACGCUGCUAGCACCGUCAACGAGCUACUUGGAGCCGCACGCAGGUCUCUUCCUCGAUGGCGACUACUAUGGCGCACAGGAGACGCGGCCCGAAGUGACGUGCGCCGGCGCGUAUACGACCGAGAUGUCCAAGACCAACUUUGUCGUCGCCGCGAGCAUCUGUCCGUUUGGCCAAGGCUGGGUGUGGUGCCUCGGGAAGGGCUGGCGCUGGUUUGGCUUUGUCAUCACCGCCGAGAUGCACGUCGAGCUCGUGCUCAACCACCAGAAAACAGCCUACCCGAUCGAGCUGCGUGGCGAGCGCCUCACGCUGCAGCGCCAUACGUGGGUGCACUUUGCGGUGCAAGCCCGCGGAAAGGAGUUCCAAGUCUUUUGCAACGGCGAGCCCCUCGAUGUGAUCGAUCUCGGGCCGAAAUUCGCCUACUGGGUCGGCGAAGGCGACGACAACUCGCUCCUCCUGCAUGGCGACUCGGCCAACGAGACCUUCUUCGGGUACAUGAAGGACCUCGCGUUCUGGUCCACAAACCAAGUGCCCGUCGAGUAAGCGUCCUUGGC